CUGGAACUUGUAGUUUUUGUGGGCCGCUCGCGUGGGCCGGACGUUGGAAGGCGGCGAUGCUGUCGGCCUCUGGCCUCAGUUGGGUCUCUGGAACAACGGUUCCCAGCCCAGGGGAAAAAGAGCUCUAAAUGGAAGGCGGACGCCAGAUUCCAACCCCCACGCCGCCUUGGCCUCACUGGGUGGCCCCGGUCGGGAAUUUAAGCCGUCUCGGCUUCAUCCACCCCAGCUCCACGCCUCUGGAGACUCGGGCCCAGUUACUUGAGGACCUCCACUACCCCCGCCUCCUCCUCAGGCCUCUGGUGAAGCAAGAAGAGCAGACCCGGUCCCGGCCUGGGACCCCAGUGAUGGUGGAGCCCAUCGGGAUCCAAACGAGCGAGCGCAGGGCCAAACGCAGUAAGAAGGGCCCAUCUAAGGUCCAGGAAAGCUGGCUGUGUCCGAGACCGAAAACUGGAGGCUUGCAGGCAAACGGAGCUCUGUUCUACCUGCUAAUGCUACUUAAAUAAGUCAGGACACUUGCAUCCACCUUAGAAGUCCUGAUUUCUGUUUCUUUUAUGGGAAAAAAAUGGAAGAUCUAGGCCCACAUUUCCACGGGAGAACGAUGGGCCUGAGCUGAGCGGGACUGCCCCGCUACAGAUGCCUUCUUCCUCUGAGCUAGUCCCCACCUGGCCACUCACCUACAGCACUGGCCUGGCCCUUCUCGACUUUACAAUUAAUGACUCCUGUUAUAGAUCACGGGCAAGAAGACAGCCCUCUGCAAACCAGGAAGAGGGACCUCACCAGAAACCGGAUCACCUGGCACCUUGAACUUGGACAUUCCAGCCUCCAGAACUGUGAGAAAUAAAUGGUUUUUUUUUUUUAAGCCACUUGGUCUUUGGUGUCUGUGUUGUAGCAGCCUGAGUGACGAGGACGGCAAUCCCGAGGUGGGAUUUCCACCUGAGCGAGUGUGAUUGCACGCAUGUCCCUGGCGUAGGUGCACCUGAUCUGUUUCCCCUGCCCAGGUAGGUAAGCAUGUGAUGGCCGCACAGGUCACUGGGGUGUCUGAGUGCAGACGUGUCUAUUUGCAGUUGUGCCUGUCACGUGUACCUGUCCAGGAGACUGUGCAAGCGUGUAACUACACACCCAGGCACUCCUAAUGAGAGGGAGCACGUGUUUUUAUUUAUUUAUUUUAGAGACAAGGUCUCACUCUGUUGCCCAGGCUGGAGUGCAGUAGCGCAAUCAUAGCUCACUGUGGCCUUGAACCUCCGGGUUGGCACACAGUAGGGAUAAGGGUGUGCUCCAUACACGUGGAGACACAGGUCCCAGUGCACGGCCAUGCAUGUUCCCAGGAUCUCUGCCACGGUGCACAAAGGUGCCUAGGUAUGUUUACGUGCCCUCCUGUGUGUCCAGACAGGACCUUAGGUCUCCCUGGGCCGGGCCAGACAAGCUGGCUCCUCGCCGGGCACACGGGGGCCUCUGCUGUGUGUCGGUGCCUGUGUGGGACGCUGCCAGGGCGUGUUGGCAGCGUGUGUGUGCGUGCAUGAAUGUGUGUGUGCGUGCGUGUGUGUGUGUGUGUGUAGGAAGAGGCGUUCGCUCUCUUAGACCUUGCUUCUUUCUGUGGUUUGGUUUCUAUAGAGACACUUCCUGUGGCAGAGAAAAGAGGUAGUGAGCUGGUGUUUCAGGAUGUGAGGGCCUGCGGGAGCCGAGCGGGCGCUCUCCUCCGCCUGCCCACCACUGUGCAAGCUCUGGCCAGCAGCACUGCCCACAGUCCCCAUGGUGGGCAGCCCCCGUGGCGGGGACCCGUGAUCGGAGGCGGCAUGCCAGGGAAGCCCAAGCACCUGGGCGUCCCCAACGGGCGCAUGGUUCUGGCUGUCUCAGAUGGAGAGCUGAGCAGCGUGGCGGGGCCCCAGGGCCAGGGCGAGGGCCGCGGCAGCUCCCUCAGCAUCCACAGCCUCCCCAGCGGCCCCAGCAGCCCCUUCCCCACCGAGGAGCAGACCGUGGCCAGCUGGGCCCUGUCCUUCGAGCGGCUGCUGCAGGACCCGCUGGGCCUGGCUUACUUCACUGAGUUCCUGAAGAAGGAGUUCAGCGCGGAGAACGUGACUUUCUGGAAGGCCUGCGAGCGCUUCCAGCAGAUCCCGGCCAGCGACACCCAGCAGCUAGCCCAGGAGGCCCGGAACAUCUACCAGGAGUUCCUGUCCAGCCAGGCGCUGAGCCCAGUGAACAUCGACCGGCAGGCCUGGCUCGGCGAGGAGGUGCUGGCCGAGCCCAGGCCGGACAUGUUCCGGGCGCAGCAGCUUCAGAUCUUCAACUUGAUGAAGUUCGACAGCUACGCGCGCUUCGUCCGGUCCCCGCUCUACCGCGAGUGCCUGCUGGCCGAGGCCGAGGGGCGGCCCCUGCGGGAGCCCGGCUCCUCGCGCCGCGGCAGCCCUGACCCCACGAGGAAGAAGCCGAAGCUGAAGCCCGGGAAGUCGCUGCCGCUGGGCGUGGAGGACUUGGGGCAGCUGCCGCCUGCCGAGGGGGCCGGGGGCCGCCCGCUCCGCAAGUCCUUUCGCAGGGAGCUGGCCGGCGGGGCUGCAAACUCCGCCUUGCGCAGAGAGUCGCAGGGCUCCCUCAACUCCUCUGCCAGUCUGGACCUCGGCUUCCUCGCCUUCGUCAGCAGCAAGUCCGAGAGCCACCGGAAAAGCCUCGGGAGCACAGAAGGUGACAGUGAAAGCCGGCCAGGGAAGUACUGCUGUGUGUACCUGCCCGAUGGCACAGCCUCCUUGGCCCUGGCCCGACCUGGCCUCACCAUCCGAGACAUGCUGGCAGGGAUCUGUGAGAAACGAGGACUCUCCAUACCUGACAUCAAGGUCUACCUGGUGGGCAAUGAGCAGAAGGCCCUGGUCCUGGAUCAGGACUGCACGGUGCUGGCUGACCAGGAAGUGCGGCUGGAGAACAGGGUCACCUUCGAGCUGGAGCUGGCGCCCGAGCGCGUGGUGCGCCUCUCGGCCAAGCCCACCAAGCGGCUGCAGGAGGCGCUGCGGCCCACCCUGGAGAAGCACGGCCUGACGCUGCAGCAGGUGGAGCUGCGCCGGCCCGGCGAGAAGCAGCCACUGGACCUGGAGAAGCUAGUGAGCUCGGUGGCGGCCCAGAGACUAGUUUUGAGCACUCUUCCAGGUGCGAAGAUUUCCGAAGCCGCUGACGUUUCCCCCUGCCGCAGCCAGGUGAGUGACAGCCGGGGCGCCCUCUUCCACCGGCUGCUUCUCCCCUCCUGCUGUGGCUCUGACCCCACAUUCUCGCAGGGCUGCCUGCCCAGGACCCAGGACAAGGCCACCCAUCCCCCUCCAGUGCCCCCCACUUCGCUGGCGAAGGUGUCCAGUAGUGUCCCUGGGAAGCGGCAGACCUGUGACAUCGAAGGCCUGGUGGAGCUGCUGAACCGGCUGCAGAGCAGCGGGGCCCACGACCAAAGGGGCCUUCUGCGAAGAGAGGACCUGGUGCUUCCAGAAUUUCUGCAGCUGCCUGCCCAAGGGCCCAGCUCUCGGGAGGCCCCAUCACAGACUGAAUCAGCGGCCCAGCCCACUGGGGCAGCCUCAAAUUCCACUGCCCGCCCAGCCCUCUGACAGCUGCCCCACAGUCCCUGCUGGCUGCAUGGCACCUGGCGGGCCAAGCAUGCCAUGGGUCCGCUCUGCAUGCCUGUCUGUGCCAUGAGUGUCCUUGGCCCCUUCCUGCCAUGGGCGGGCCCACAGGAAGAGCCAGGGGAGGUGAAAAGGGGACUCAGGAACCGAACCCCACCGCUGCCGCCAUCCGUUCCCUAGCAGGCUCACCCACCCGACCCUUGCUACCAGGACCCCAAGGGGGAUGUGGGCCUACCCCUUGGUGCAGGCUUGCCCGACACAGAGGGGUGGCGUUGGCAGUGCCAGCCUCCCCAGCCUGUGCCAAGCUUCAGCAGGAGGCAGGAGGAGGGGCCGGCCCCUCCUCAGGGAGCUGGUGUGAGCAAGGCCCAGGGUGCAGGCAGGCGGCCCCGCCCUCCACCCACCCACGUAGACUCUACUGUACAUAUGGAUUUCGCAGUGGGCUUGGGGCAGCUGGCUUUGUCCUGGAUGUAUGAUACUGUUAUUAUAAUAACUGUUAUUAUUCUGUCA